GUGUCUCUGUUUAUUGAUGUUUGUGUUAGCUGUCAAACGCUUGGUUUUAUUUAUGGUAAUUCGAAAUAAACAAAAACCAAAAACAAACAACUAAAUCAGAAAAAUCACCAAACAAUCGUUCAUUGGGCUAUCAAUCGUUCUUCCAUCGAACCAACUAAGAAAAAAUUAAAAGUGUGUGUUUCGAUUCAGAGAAACAGUUUCUCAUUUUGGAAAAAAAAAUGUUUCAGUGCUGUCCAAAGUUGAUUCGAAAUGCGCACUUUUCUGUUUGAUAACAAAAUGUGUGCACCACUUGGAUGAUUGCAUGCAAACCAUAGAGGGAAAAAAAUAAAUAGACAUUUGCUAUUAAAAUCCAUCGAUAUAUACUCAUUUUAUCAACAACGCAAAAUUCAUACAAAAAAAUCGAGAUUUAUCCAUAGUUCAUUAGUAAAAUAGUGUCUUUAUUCUACAAAGAAGAAAAAACAACACUGCCAAAAUAACAUCGACAUUUCAGAGAUUAUUAUUAUUUUUUGUGGUGGAUAAAAAAUCUGUGAAGGAAUUUCCUUGUGGGAGUUUCUAAUCACUCAAUUUAUCACAUUUCAAAUCGCAACGAGGCGACCACCGUGGAAUGGCUGAAGCGCAUCAAGCUGUUGCAUUUUCAUUUUCAAUAACGCACGAAGGAUGGGACAUCAAUUACGAUCGUGAAGUACUUGAUUUGAUUUGGGACUCGGGCGUUCGUUCAUGGAAAAAGCGCAUCGCACGAUUUCGUAAUGGAUUACGCAAUGGCGCUUAUCCAGCUCAUUUGCAAAGUCUUUGGAUCAUAACGGCAAUUUUAUCCGCACUUCAUCUUUCUGAAAAAUCUCAGUUCGAUACAGUCAGAUUUAUUCUUUCGCUUCUUCCCGGCGAUACCUUAUCAUGGCAGUUAUUUGCAUGCUUUUUGACGGCACUCUUGGUUUGGCUGGCAAUUUGUUUCGUCAUGCGAAAUACAUUGAAACUGUUGCUCAUGUACAAAGGCUGGAUGUAUGAAUCACGCGAAAAAGGCAGUAAAAUUUCAUUCACCACAAAACUAUGGGCAGCAGCAACUCGACUAUUUUCCGCUUGGAAUACACCGGGCUUAUACAGUUUCCAAGGAUCAUUACCAAAUCUUCCAUUACCUUCUAUACACGAUACACUAUCGCGAUACUUACUUUCCGUGCGUCCAUUGUUAGAUGAUGAAAAUUAUAAGCGAAUGGAGCAAUUGGCCAAAGAAUUUGAAGUGAUAAUCGCACCAAAAUUGCAACGCUAUUUAAUUUUGAAAAGUUGGUGGGCACAAAAUUUUGUCAGCGACUGGUGGGAAGAGUAUGUUUACUUGCGUGGUCGCAGUCCAUUGAUGGUCAAUAGCAAUUUCUAUGGCAUCGAUGCAUUGUUUCUUGAAAAUACGCGAAAACAAUCGGCUCGCGCUGCAAUGACUAUCAAUUUGUUACUACAAUUCCGGCGAUUGAUCGAACGACAAGAACUACAGCCGAUUAUGGCACAAGGACUGGUUCCACUAUGUUCAUGGCAAUACGAACGAAUAUUUAAUACGGUUCGUGUACCCGGCGUUGAAAGCGACAAAAUCAUUCAUUAUAUGGAUUCCAAUCAUAUUGUUGUGAUACAUAAAGGACGCUAUUUCAAAGUCAUCAUCUAUCACAAAGGAAGACUAUUGAAACCCAACGAAAUUCAAAUUCAAAUGGAAGAAAUUCUGAAGUCAGGCGAACAAUCAACAACAAAUGAAGAUUUGCUUGCUUCGUUGACCGCAUGGAAUCGCACGAAAUGGGCUCAGAUUCGGAAUUCAAUGUUUAAUAAAGGCAUUAAUCGUAUUUCAUUACAUACCAUUGAAUCGGCUGCAUUUAUUGUCUCGCUCGACGACGAAGCGUAUGAGACGGACAUUUACAAAGAUGCUCGCCUCGAUAUUUUUGGCAAAGCCAUGUUGCAUGGAAAUGGACACAAUCGAUGGUUUGAUAAGAGUUUUAACCUAUGUAUUGGUACGAAUGGUCGAAUCGGUUUCAAUGCCGAGCAUUCUUGGGGUGAUGCAGCUGUUAUGUCAAAUGUUUGGGAAUUCGUUGUGAUGGAAGAAGUUCUUCAAAAUGGAUAUGAUGAGAAUGGUGAUUGUAUUGGACAGCCAGAAUUUGUACCACCAUCACCAAAACGAAUUUCAUGGGAUCUUAAAAAUGCUGAAUGUAUAUCGGCCAUCAAUGAAGCCAAUUUCGAUGCACAAAUUUUAAUAAACGAUCUCCAUUUACGUAUUUAUGCUCAUGACCAUUAUGGAAAAGGUUUCAUGAAAAAAUGCCGAAUUUCACCGGACGCAUUCAUUCAAAUGGCAUUACAAUUGGCUUACUACAGAGAUGCUGGCCGCUUUUCACUCACAUACGAAGCGUCUAUGACACGACUAUUUCGUGAAGGGCGCACAGAAACGGUUCGACCAUGUACAAUUGAAUCAUCCAUUUGGGUUAAAGCAAUGCUCGAUCAAAAUACAACUAAUGAAAAACGUAUUGAACUGUUACGUGCAGCUUGUCAACGGCAUCAGAGGGCCUAUCAAGAUGCGAUGUGCGGCAAAGGAAUCGAUCGGCAUUUGUUUUGUCUAUAUGUUGUGUCCAAGUACUUAGAAGUGGAUUCGCCCUUUUUGAAUGAGGUGCUCAGUGAACCAUGGCGUUUGUCUACCAGCCAAACACCGCACGGCCAAACCAAUAAAAUGGACUUGAAAAAGUAUCCAAAUUGUAUUAGUGCUGGAGGCGGAUUUGGCCCUGUGGCGGACGAUGGAUAUGGUGUGUCAUAUAUUGUGGCCGGUGAAAAUUUGCUUUUCUUCCAUAUAUCAUCGAAGAGAAGCUCACCUCUCACGGAUUCGGAUAAAUUUGCAAAACAAAUCGAACAAGCCCUGCUUGAUAUCAAAAAACUAUUUGAGGAUUCAAACAAAUGAAAUCAAAUCAUUGAAGGAUUUUAUGUGGCCAACUAAUGCCCCAAUUUAUUUUUAUAUGAACAAUAUUUAAUCUUUUCCAACAACUGAAAACACGAACAAGAAAAAAACGUAAUAUUUUCAAUAUUUGAAUUCACAAUUGUACAACAUUAUUUAACAAAGAUCAUAGACAUUUAAAUAAUAUUGUAAACGAACCAAAAACCAAGCUAAACGAUCAUUAUGACGCACACUGAAAAGAAUUCCAAUAUUUCACAACAAAGUGUUCAUACUUACAAAAUACCGAGAAUAUUGUUAUCUCUAUUAUGGUAUAUUGGCUCAUAGAAGUUUAGGUUAAUUUUCUUUUGAAACGAGUGUUAUUAUUUUUUUUGUUUCAUAAUUUAGUUAACAUUCCUCAAAUGCAAAAAUGAAAAAAAAAUCUGAAGAAAAAUGAAAAAAAUAAUAUCGAAAGGAAAGUUUGUUGACGAGACUAUUGGAUAAUUUUUUUUAGGAAUUCAUUGAUUAUUAUCAAGUAUUAAAAACAGCACGAAUCAUUUGAUGAACGCCCAAACUAUUUAAAUCUAUGCAUAUUUUAAAUUAAACAAAACCAAGUAUUACAAAAAUAACAAACUAAAGAAACAAACAAAUGAAUAGAAAUAAUAUAUGUAUAAAUUAAAAACAUUAAAGUAACUUUAAAUUGGAGCGAUGAAUAAAUAAAAAGU